AGCCUCCGUGGCUUGGCCGCCUCCCGCUCUCGCGCCCGCUGCCGCUCGGCGCUCGCUCGGGGCUCCGCAGCCGGCGCGGCCCCUCAGCUGAGGGCUCCGCAGUGCUGGGCCCCGGUCCCUGCCCACCUGCCCAACGCCGCAGCGCCCCCGGCCCGGGCCGCUGGCACCAUGUAACCCGGCCGUAGCCCGAGCCGGGCCAGGAGCCAGUGGUCCUGAGCCUUCUGAAGUUAGGAUUCUGCCUGGUGGUGGGGAUCCUGACAUCAAGGAUGGGACACCCUGGAUGGAGGUUCCUGGGGCCUGGCCCCCAAGACUAUGAAGAGCCUUUGCUGAGGCCAUGAGGGGUUACCAUGGCGACCGAGGCAGCCAUCCCCGCCCAGCCCGCUUUGCUGACCAGCAGCAUAUGGACGUGGGCCCAGCUGCCAGGGCCCCAUACCUGCUGGGCUCCAGGGAGGCCUUCUCCACUGAGCCCCGCUUCUGUGCCCCGAGAGCUGGCCUGGGACACAUUUCUCCUGAAGGGCCCCUGAGCCUGAGUGAGGGGCCGUCGGUAGGCCCUGAGGGAGGGCCAGGGGGGGCCGGGGUUGGGGGGGGUAGCAGCACCUUCCCCAGGAUGUACCCUGGCCAGAGCCCCUUCGACACCUGUGAAGACUGUGUGGGCCACCCACAGGGCAAGGGUGCCCCCCGCCUGCCUCCUACACUCCUGGAUCAGUUUGAAAAGCAGUUGCCAGUUCAACAAGAUGGCUUCCACACACUACCAUACCAGCGAGGGCCAGCAGGGGCAGGGCCCGGGCCAGCGCCAGGGACUGGCACUGCCCCAGAGCCCCGCAGCGAGAGCCCUAGCCGCAUCCGGCACCUGGUUCAUUCUGUGCAGAAGCUCUUUGCCAAGUCCCACUCUCUGGAGGCGCCAGGGAAGCGGGACUAUAAUGGGCCCAAGGCUGAGGGAAGAGGUGGCUCUGGAGGAGACAGCUACCCUGGCCCAGGCUCUGGAGGCCCCCACACCUCCCACCACCACCAUCACCACCACCAUCACCACCACCACCAGUCCCGGCACGGCAAGAGGAGCAAGAGCAAGGACCGCAAGGGGGAUGGGCGGCAUCAGGCCAAGUCCACAGGCUGGUGGAGCUCCGAUGACAACUUGGACAGUGAUAGCGGCUUCCUGGCGGGUGGCAGGCCCCCUGGGGAGCCUGGUGGUCCCUUCUGCCUGGAGGGUCCAGAUGGGUCCUACCGGGACUUGAGCUUCAAGGGGCGCUCGGGCGGGUCGGAAGGCCGCUGCCUUGCCUGCACUGGCAUGUCCAUGUCACUGGAUGGACAGUCGGUCAAGCGAAGUGCCUGGCAUACCAUGAUGGUCAGCCAGGGCCGGGAUGGAUACCCGGGGGCCGGGCCAGGCAAGGGGCUCCUGGGUCCGGAGACCAAGGCCAAAGCCAGGACUUAUCACUAUCUGCAGGUGCCGCAAGAUGACUGGGGGGGUUACCCCACUGGUGGCAAGGAUGGGGAGAUCCCCUGCCGCAGGAUGCGGAGCGGCAGCUACAUCAAAGCCAUGGGGGAUGAGGAGAGCGGAGACUCAGACGGCAGCCCCAAGACAUCUCCCAAAGCAGUCGCCCGACGCUUCACCACCCGUCGCUCCUCCAGCGUGGACCAGGCCAGGAUCAACUGCUGUGUCCCACCCCGGAUCCACCCCCGGAGCUCCAUCCCUGGCUACAGCCGUUCCCUCACCACUGGACAGCUCAGCGAUGAGUUGAACCAGCAGCUGGAGGCCGUGUGCGGGUCCGUGUUUGGGGAGCUGGAGUCCCAGGCCGUGGACGCCCUGGACCUGCCCGGCUGUUUCCGCAUGCGGAGCCACAGCUACCUCCGGGCCAUCCAGGCCGGCUGCUCUCAAGACGACGACUGCCUGCCCCUCCUUGCUACCCCUGCCGCUGUCUCAGGGAGGCCCGGCUCCUCCUUCAACUUCAGAAAGGCCCCGCCCCCCAUCCCGCCGGGAAGCCAGGCCCCGCCCCGCAUCUCCAUCACCGCCCAGAGCAGCACCGACUCCGCGCACGAGAGCUUCACGGCAGCCGAGGGCCCCGCCCGGCGCUGCAGCUCCGCCGACGGGCUGGACGGCCCCGCCAUGGGUGCGCGCACCUUGGAGUUGGCGCCGGUGCCGCCCCGGGCCAGCCCCAAGCCCCCCACACUCAUCAUCAAGACCAUCCCUGGCAGGGAGGAGCUGAGGAGCCUGGCGCGGCAGCGGAAGUGGCGGCCGUCCAUUGGGGUGCAGGUGGAGACGAUCUCAGAUUCAGACACCGAGAACAGGAGCCGGAGGGAGUUCCACUCCAUCGGCGUGCAGGUGGAAGAGGACAAGAGGCGAGCAAGGUUCAAGCGCUCCAACAGUGUGACGGCCGGCGUGCAGGCAGACCUGGAGCUGGAGGGCCUGGCAGGACUGGCCACGGUUGCCACAGAAGACAAGGCCCUGCAGUUUGGACGUUCUUUCCAGAGGCACGCCUCUGAGCCCCAGCCUGGGCCCCGGGCCCCCACUUACUCAGUCUUCCGCACGGUCCACACGCAGGGCCAGUGGGCCUACCGCGAGGGCUACCCACUGCCGUAUGAGCCGCCGGCCACCGAUGGGUCGCCCGGCCCUGCCCCCGCCCCCACCCCCGGCCCCGGGGCCGGCCGCCGUGACUCCUGGAUAGAGCGCGGUUCACGUAGCCUCCCCGACUCAGGCCGCGCGUCCCCCUGCCCACGGGACGGCGAGUGGUUCAUCAAGAUGCUGCGGGCAGAGGUGGAGAAGCUGGAGCACUGGUGCCAGCAGAUGGAGCGUGAGGCGGAGGACUAUGAGCUACCCGAGGAGAUCCUGGAGAAGAUCCGCAGUGCUGUGGGCAGCACACAACUUCUCCUGUCCCAGAAGGUUCAGCAGUUCUUCCGGCUGUGUCAGCAAAGCAUGGAUCCCACUGCGUUCCCUGUGCCCACCUUCCAGGACCUGGCGGGUUUCUGGGACCUCCUACAGCUCUCCAUCGAGGAUGUGACCCUCAAGUUCCUGGAGCUACAGCAACUCAAGGCCAACAGCUGGAAACUCCUGGAGCCUAAGGAGGAGAAGAAGGUCCCUCCGCCGAUACCAAAGAAGCCCCUGCGGGGCCGGGGCGUGCCGGUGAAGGAGCGCUCCCUGGACUCCGUGGACCGGCAGCGGCAGGAAGCGCGCAAGCGGCUCCUGGCGGCCAAGCGCGCCGCUUCCUUCCGCCACAGCUCGGCCACCGAGAGCGCAGACAGCAUCGAGAUCUACAUCCCCGAGGCCCAGACCAGGCUGUGACCGGUCCGGCCCGCCCAGCCCGGCCUGGGCCCGCGGUUCUCCACCCGUACUGUACACCCAGCGUCGAGGUCACUGUGAACGCGGGCCGCCCCGUGCGCCCGCCCCACCGGCACCGCACGCCCCAGCCCUCGGGCCCGUCACACUCUCGUGGGUUUUUUACCUUCCUGACCCCACGCGAAGGCGCCCGGGCUGGGCAGGGGGCCGUGCCUCUCCGCCCUGCGCCCCUCACCUGGAUCCCCCGCCCACCUGGUCCGACGCUUUGUCCCCACCUCCUUUCAAUGGGCACCAUCUCUGCCAUUCUUUCCCCCCACGGGCCAGGCCGGGCCGGGCCCCACAUCUGGGCUCUGCGUCCCCUCCCCCCACCCCGCGGGGCUGGGCUUCGUGGGGAUCAAGCUUCGUGGCUUUUUAUGAAGAAUCCCGAACCCCGCCUAGGAGCCCGCCCCACCCUCCCAGGGGCUCCAUCCUCAGCCCUCUGCCCACUGGGCCCAGGGACCACAGUGGCUGGACCAACCCAGGACCAGGGCGCCUGGGCCUCUCCCCUUUCCCAGCGGCUGGGGAGGGGAGAUGGGGGCUUCCCCUCACCACACCUGUGGCUGUUCCCACAUCCCCUUGAGUAUCCCAGGAAAAAUAAAACGGCAGAACUGCACUCGAGCCAGCUGCUCUCUCCAGAAGAGGCCACCUCCGUCCCGUGUGUGGGAGGACGGGGGUGAAGGGAGAAGGGGCCGGGAGCCCACUCUCUUGGUUUGGAGACAGCAGGGGUGUUGCCUGAGCUCCUCCCAGGGAUGGGCCAGCUGGUGGAAAGGAGAUUCGGCCCCCUGAUGCCCACAGUAAGGACCUGGACCCUCCUGGAGGGCCCCAGGUGGGGUGAAGAGGGGGAGGGUGUCAAUUUCUCCGCUAUUCCGGUUUCGAUGUAUCCCAUUCUUCCUCCCAGUCCCCAGGGUUCCCCCAGAGAGGGAAGUCCAGAGCUCGCCGAGCACACAGCAUGUGCUUGAUAAACCGGGAGUGUGGUGAUUGUUAGGUAUUGACAAAUAAUUGGUUUCCCUUCCCCUAGGGACACAAUGUUCCUUCUGCUCCAGUCAUUCCUGAUCAGCAGCAGAAAAACUUCAGUCCUGCCACAUUUUCUGAUGCCUCCUAUGGGUGGCCACCUUGGUGGAGGCUGGGGUAGGGGAAGAGGAAGUACAAAGAACAGAGCUCUCCUGGGAAGCUAAAUGGCAAACAGAACCUAGUAUCGAUGGCUUUAUUGAGUGACCAGUGUGGGUCAGGCAAGGGGUGAGUGCUUUACAUGAAUGUGGCUGGUCCUUACAACAGAAGAGAAAGCCAAAGCUCAGGGCAGGUUACACGACCUGUCUGAGGUCACAGGGCUAAAUGUGGUGGACCCAUGUCUAAUGCGAAAUCAUGAGCUUUUAGCUUUGCAGGCUUCUUAGACCAGAGAGGGCUGAUGGCAUUCUCCACCCAGAAAGCCCCUUUCCACUCCUUGAGCAGUCCUUUGAAUUGGUGUGUCGCCUCCAGGCAGGAGGAAAAUCCUACAGGAUUGGCUGCUUUUCUGGGCCACACUGGAUCAGUUAAUUCUUCUCAUUCAUUUAUUCAGCAGACAUUUAUCACUUUCAGGCGCCACAGGAAUAGCCUUGAACAAGAUGUAGUUUCUACCCUUAAUGGAGCUUAUGGUCAUAUGGGAAAAACAGACAAAUAAGCAAGCAGUUAAAAUACAGGGGUGAGUGCCAGAAAGAUGAUUAGGGAUUAGCUGCUGAAGGAGGGCCAGGGUUGAGAAGAAUGUUCCAAGAUCAGGGAACAGCUGUGCAAAGACCUGGAGGAGGAAGAGACAUUGGGAGCACAGGGUCUUGAUUAUAUCAGUGUUUGGGUCUCAUUGAGGCAGGCAGCCUGAGUCUUGUGGGCUGUAGGGAGCCAUAGAAGGGUUUUGAACAGAAGAGUGGCAUGAACGUUUUAUAGACUGGUUUGGUAGACAACUUCUGAAAAGCAACAGAUGGUCCACAAUACAAACUCACAUGAGCCUGGAAGGUGAGGAGGGCUCUAAUGUGAUCUGAAUUCCCAAAAGCAGUUAGUUUGGAGGUGAUCCCAUACAGACUCUGGGGCCUGGUCCAAGACUUAGUGAAUAGACUCUGCCCUCGAAUAAGGUUUUAACAAGUGCUCCACAAGAUUCUGAGCAGCCAGGUUUGGGAAGACUUAAAUUGGAUGACUGUACAAGGGUCUCCAGUAGAAAGGCUGGGUCAGUUUACCUCUCUGAGAUUGUUUUAUUAUCUCUAAAAUUGGGGCAUGGGUGAGGUUUGAACUCAGAGCAACGCUGUAAAACAGAUAUUGUUAUCAUCCCCAUUUACAGAUGAGGAAACUGGGGCGUGGAGAGGUUUAAACAGCUUACCUCAAACCAUGAAGCCAGGAAGUGGCUGAGUCUGAGUUUAACCUUUACAUUAUACAGCAUUUUAUGGGUCUAUGACUUUUCAUAGACUGUUCUAUGUCUGGUGUGGAUGAGUCUCCUUUGGUUCUUGUGGCCUAGGUAGUUAUGCUGAGCGCCAUAGAUCAGUGAAAGAUUAGGUCCAGUCCUUUGGCUUAAGUUGCUUACAGUCUGGCCAUGGCCGGCACAUAAACGGAAAGUUAUGGUGCAAAGGGAGAUCUGCUCUCCCAGAGGGGCCCAGGGGUUGAGAGAGGAGAGAGCCUCUAGCAACCAGGGUGUUUUAGUCCAUUUUGUACUGCUAUAACAGAAUACCGCAGGCUGGGUAACUUAUAAUGAACAGGUGUUUAUUGGCUCACAGUUCUGGGUGCUGGGGAAUUCAGUGUCAAGGUGCUGGCAACUCGUGAGGGCUUUCUUGCUGUGUCAUCCCAUGGCAGGUGAGAAGGUAAGAGAGGGCAAGAGGGAGUUGAACUUGCCCUUUUAUAAGGGCGUCAGUUCCACCCAUGAGAGUGCAACCCUCAUGGCCUAAUAACCUCUUAAAGGUCCCACCUCUUAAUACUUACAAUGACAAAUUUCAGUGGAAGUUUUGGAGGGUACAACCAUAGCACAGGCCGUCUGGGAGAGCUUUCUGCCUUGUGAGCUGGAUCUUGCAGGAUGAAUUAGCAUUUUGUAGUCAAGGAAGAGAAGGGAGAAAUUCAUUUCCGGCCAAGGGACAAACCUGGGCAAAGCCGUGGAGGCACAUGUGUGUUGGGAAUGAAAGCACAGGCUGGAGAGGGUGACAGGUUAUGGUGGCUGUGGAGGGUGUGGAGGAGAUAUGGCCAGAAGGGACCCAUAGAGUUGGGGGUGGGGGGCUAAGAUGGAGGCCUCAUAGUUUUAUUUGAAAGAUAAAACUAUGGCCAAAAGACAGGAAAUGGACUGGAGGGGGCAACAAGACAGCAGGGAGACCAUUGAGGGAGCUGCUAAAGUGGUCCAGGUAAGAGAUAAUGAUGUUGACUUUGAGAGACAUUUAGGAGGCAUACGUGCUGUAAGCUGGAUCUGGAGAAUAACGCAAAGAUGGGACGCCUUGAAGGUGUCACUCAGAUUUCUGGCUUAAUGAAUGAGUAAUGCCACGAAUGGACAUAGGACAUUACAGAAGGAGCAAUACAGUUGGGAAAUACUUAACAUGUCAAUAACCAUUUACUGAGCACUGAGAAGGUGCAAACUACUAUGCCAAGCACUUUAUACACAUUUAGGUGAUUUAAUACUCACAGCAACCCUAGGAGUGGGUACUAUUAUUGUCUUUUUUUUAAAACAAAGAGUGUAAAUAGCUUUUCUGAGAUAAGCAGACAAGAGUCAGGAUUUGAACCCAUGGCUAUCUGAUUUCUAAGUCUAUGCUCCUGAGCCCCUCAGCAAUUCUGCUUGAGGGAACUGCUAGCCAUGACUCAAGACUCAGCUCAAGGCCUGGUUCCUCUAGGGAGCCUUCCCUGAAUCUUCCUGGCCGGGCUGAAGAUCCUCCUCUGUGCUGCGUGUGUAUACUUCUGUCAUCACAUUUCUUAAAUUCUGUUGACAUUUUGUAGACCCAUCUGUUUCUUUAGUCAGAGAACUCUGGAGGCAGGUUGGUCCCAGCCAUUUUUGCAUCCCCAAUGCCUAGCACAUGAUUGGCUGGCCAAAUGCCAGUUACUCUGGGCAGUUCUGUUCCCUUCUCAUCUCCACAUAUUCAGUUAGUGAACAGGUUCUGCUAACCACGGUCUCCUAAAUAUUUCUUUGUACUGUUGGGGCUCAGAAAGCGAUACCCCAAAGACUGGCGCUUUGACAUGGUGAGAGGCCUUCAAAGCUGCCUCAGAAUCAAGGUCCUUCUAACCUUCUCUCCCAAGUAUAGGGAGGCACUCUCUCUAGAAUGUCCUAAUCUAAUCAAGAAAACUUCUUUCCAAAAGAAACAAAAUUGCCUUCCUCCCCUCCGCGAAAUCUCAUCUAUCUCAGAAGAGAAGACUGAGGAAGGCAACUACGCCUGGAUGGAUUUUUCACAAGAUGAUGCCUGCUUCUCGGGCUCAUUCAAAUUCUAAAGAGAAUCAUUUUCAAGUUAAUUUCUGUCCAUUUUUUCGCCCUAAGAAUCAUGUGCUUCCCUCAAAAGAAUUGUCUAUAUUCUCCAUCUCUCCCCUUCCCCUUUGAAAAAGGGUGUAUAAGCUUCUGUACCCCAUUGGGUUAUUGGGUAAUCAUUCUCCUGUGACCCUUCCCUUCCCACCCCCUCACCCC